AAUCCCAAGUCGUCCCCCUUCCCAUCACCAAGGUACAAAACAAAUGCGGAAUCUAAUCUGGACAAGGGACAGUGUGCCAUCGAUAUCCCCCGAUCAUACGAUCCUCGUCUCGCCGUCUCACGCCGCCUGCUUCACUACUGUUGAUGGCAGCUUCUAGCUCGUCCUUCGUAUCCGACCUGCCUUGUGGCCCGUUCUGAAACCCAAUCUCCGGCAUUCUUUUCGUUCCAUUUUUUCCUCCUUCACGUCUAAAUCGGUCAAAAUAAUAAUAGGAGUGUCCAUCGCUCUCAGAAACAUUCAUGUCGUUGGUAGAUCAGUUGACUGGCCAUAGUGGCCCCCCCACCCACUCACACUGUGUUUACCUCCGGCUUGAAAGUGGAAAUCCGAGUAAUAUAACUACCGACCAAAUCCUCGAUGAUCAAUUUCUUUUUUUUUGAUCAUCCAUCUUAUUGUAUUUGUUGUUGGCUUUAAGUUCUCGGUACAUCAACCCUUGAAUAGCAGAUCCAGACUGUUUUCUUCUUUCAUCAUUCUCUCAAUCGAAGAAGACUGGGUUUCCUGCUUGUACAUCUUUCGUUCCUUCCCUUGAAAUUGCUAGUGCCAUGAGCUAUCUCUCCAGUCUCGCCAUCAUUUCAUGUAAAUCAGUUUUGGAAAAUUCAACGUCUUUUGAAUCGGUUAAUCCGCAUCGAAAUGUCUGAGAGUAAUGUGAGCCUUUCACCCAGAGCCAGAAAAGAGGAGAUUGCGGCAUGCCCACAGUCACGCUUGGACAAACCGCCGGCCCGGCUCCGGUGUUUCGUCGCUUUGCAGGAGGGGGGCCGUCAGGGGGCGGGCUGUUCAGAAAAAGGCACCGGGAUGGUCACCUCGGUCACCUCGGAAUCGAGCGCGCCCGCCGUUGCAUCGCACAAGAGUGAAGAGGUCCCGCCCCCUGGUCGGAGUGGUGAACCACUUGUCGCGUUGCGCCGACCGGAGGGAGGGACGGGUGCGGCGGUGCUCCCCUCCCAUCUAGUCACCCUGGCUUCAGCCGACGUUCCUCACCGCCGACUCAAUCAAGUCAUCAAAAAAUCUAAUUGUGAUGCCGAGGCUCAAACGGCGUCGUUAUGUGCGGGUCCUGGCUCGGAUCGGUGA